ACAUUGUUUUCAUCACUCUCUCUGAUAAUAGUAAUAGUAUUCCCCCAAAAUCCUACCUGCAAAUCGCCAGAAAACAAAAAACGCAAACAGAGCAAUUCAACUACCCACUCUCCCCUCCCUUCCACCUCAGUUUUCUCGCCCCCAAACACCCUUUUAUUUCACAUCUCACAACCUCAAUCCUUCAGCAAUGGCGUCCACCGUUUUCUCUCAAUCUCUGUUCUCCGUUCAGACCUCUUCAAUUUCCAGCAACACCAUUUGCGGGGCCACGCUUCCAUUCAAGCACCCUUUUGUUCAACUUAAAUCCGACAUUACGAAGAUCCGCCGGAGUUCUGUCGUCAGCUGCACUUCCACCCCCGAUUCAUCGGAUACCCCUAUCGAGCUCAAGUACCCCGCGUUUCCGACGGUGAUGGAUAUCAAUCAGAUUCGCGAAAUUCUGCCUCACCGGUUCCCAUUUUUGCUUGUGGAUAGAGUGAUUGAAUACAAUCCUGGGGUGUCGGCUGUGGGCAUCAAGAAUGUGACGAUAAAUGAUAAUUUCUUUCCUGGCCAUUUUCCUGAGAGGCCAAUUAUGCCUGGUGUGCUCAUGGUUGAGGCAAUGGCUCAGGUAGGUGGGCUAGUGAUGCUACAACCAGAAGUGGGAGGGUCACGCGACAAAUUCUUCUUUGCUGGAGUCGACAAAGUAAGAUUCAGGAAGCCGGUGAUUGCAGGAGACACGCUAGUCAUGAGAAUGAACCUCGUGAAGCUGCAGAAGCGAUUUGGGAUAGCAAAGAUGGAAGGGAAAGCAUACGUAGGUGGCGAAGUGGUCUGUGAGGGCGAGUUCUUGAUGGCUAUGGGGAGUGACUAAUCAAUCUCCCACAACAGCAAAUGCUGUGUUCUCAUCUCUUUGCAACUUUAUUAGUAUUUCUUACUUUUCUGGCCAAUCAUGGAACUUCUUCUCCAUUUUUAUGAGGUUUAGAUGGGAUAACAUUAAUGUUCAUGUUAAUCUGAGUUUCAAUGUUUACUUACACUGGUGAUUGAAUAAAACUAGAUAGGUGCAUACUUUUUAAAUUUAAUA